GAAGUGGUGGAGUCCCCCUGGCUCAUGUGCUGUACAGGAUGUUUAGAGGAACCAUCUGGUCCCUCCCCUAGAGGAUAGAUACUCCAUCUCCCCUUCAUGUAUGUCUCCACACAGUUGAAUCGUUCAAGAUGAACCUGCUAUUUGCCGCUGUCCUGUUAUUGUGCUGCAGAUACAACGCCACAGGAGCACAAGAUCACGAAUGCCAAAGUCAGGGGGUCAGGAGCUGCAGAGAGUGUCUGGCAGCAGGGCCACACUGUGCUUGGUGUGCUGAGGAGAAUUUUCUAGAAGUGGGCCAGCACAUAUGGGAGCGCUGUGACACACCCAGGGCACUGCUGAGGAGGGGCUGUCCUUUUGAUCGCCUGGAAGAUCCCAGAGGUUCCACUGUCCUUCUAAAGAACCGAAAGAUCACCUUCCACCCUAAAGAACAAAGGCGCCAACGGCAGCACAAACAAGUCACACAACUCCAGCCGCAGUCUGUUCUGCUGCACCUCAGACCAGGUGAACCCCAGAGCUUUGAGGUGAAGUUCAGGCGUGUGGAGGACUACCCCAUAGACCUGUACUACCUGAUGGAUCUGUCCUUCUCCAUGGAGGACGACCUGUCCAAUGUCAAGAAGUUGGGAGCUGACCUCAUGGAAGAGAUGAGGAAUACUACUAGUGACUUCAGAAUGGGCUUUGGUGCAUUUGUGGACAAGACAGUGAUGCCAUACAUCAGCACUGCGAAGGACAUGCUCAGGAAUCCUUGCAAGAGGACUGAGCCUUGGCCCUGUGCCCCUCCCUUCACCUACCACCACGUCCUGAGCCUCACUGCAAACGGAAGCCUCUUCACAGAGCAAGUAGGGCGACAGCGGAUCUCGGGGAACCUGGAUUCACCAGAGGGGGGGCUGGACGCUCUGAUGCAGGCAGCCACGUGUGAGGAGCAGAUCGGCUGGAGAAAUGUGACCCGUCUGCUGGUGUUUUCUACUGAUGCUGGCUUCCACUUUGCCGGAGAUGGCAAACUGGGUGGCAUUGUACUUCCCAAUGAUGGAAAGUGUCACUUGCAUAAAAAUGUGUACACAAGAGGAAAUUCACAGGACUAUCCUUCGGUGGCUCAUGUCGCCGAAAUAUUGAGACAGAAGAACAUCCAGAUCAUCUUUGCUGUCACUGAAGAAGUCACACACUUGUAUGAGGGCUUAACAAGCAUCUUCCCAAAAUGUGCAGUCGGAAUGCUUUCCAACAACUCCCACAACAUCCUGCAGAUAAUAGUCGAAGCAUACAAUGCACUGACCUCUGAGGUUGCUAUGGAGAACAGCAAGCUGCCACCGGGCUAUCACAUCUCCUAUACUUCACACUGUAAGGAUCGCAAGCCGAGGCACAGUGAGCAGGGGAGGAAGUGCUCCAACAUCUCUGUAGGUGACGAGGUGAGCUUUAAUGUAAGCAUUACAGCACCUCUGUGCAUGACUGCUUCACAAAGACCACCCAGUGUUAUUAUUAAGCCCCAAGGCUAUAGUGAAGAGGUUGAGGUCCUGCUGAGCCCCAUAUGCGAGUGCUCAUGUCAAAAGGACGUGGUCCCACGCAGUCCUUCAUGCAGCCAUGGCAACGGCACUCUGGAGUGUGGCACAUGCAGGUGUAAAGAGGGGAGAGUCGGAACGUUGUGCGAGUGUAAUCAAGCAGAGUCGGGCAAGGCGAUUGACUCAUACCUUUGCCGCCGUGAUAAUGCAACCGAAGUGUGCAGCGGACACGGAGAGUGUGUUUGUGGGAAGUGUGUUUGUCAUAAGAGCAGCAAAAAGCCCAACCACGCUUACUAUGGGCAGUUCUGUGAAUGCACUGAUUUCAGCUGUGAUCAGUACCGAGGACUCCAGUGUGGAGGGCAUGGCAGGUGUGUCUGUGGGGUGUGUAUAUGUCUCCCUGAGUUUCGUGGUCGAGCAUGUGAGUGCCCUCUCAGCUUGGGGUCUUGUCUGUCUCAGGAUGAACAGAUUUGUGCGGGCAGAGGGGACUGUCACUGUGGCACCUGCAUGUGCCAUGAUAACCGCUUCCAAGGCCCAACUUGUGAGCUUUGCCCUUCCUGCCCAGGCGUCUGCACCUUGCACAGAGAAUGUAUCUUGUGCAGGGCCUUCUCGCUGGGCUUGAAUCCAAAGGAGUGCGAGAUGAGGUGUAUACACCUGAACUUUACUCUGGUAGGUCAGGCUGGUGUCUUAGCAACAGUGCCCCCCUCUCCAAGCCUUCACAGUUGUGUGGAAGUGGACACAGAGGGCUGCAGAGUGCACUUCCUGCUGAGGACCAGACAAAAAGAAGACUCUGUCCAUGUUCAUGUAGCUCUUGAACGAGAAUGCCCAUCAGGACCGAAUGUGAUCCUGAUUACCGCAGUGCUAUCAGCCUCUGUUGUGGUGCUGGGUGUGGCUUUGUUGCUGCUAUGGAAACUACUCACCAGCAUCCAUGACCGCAGGGAGUUUGCCCGCUUCCAGAGAGAGCUUGAGCGGAGACGCUGGAACAGGAGGGAAAACCCAAUCUACAAGAGUGCCAUCACGACAACUGUCAACCCUAAAUAUAAAGAACAGUGAUGGCAGCCAUUGAAAGAGAUAUCUACUUCAAUCCAGACCUCUGAUGUGAAGCACAAUGAAACAACAUCCUUCAUCUGAACUGUUGUCAGCAGUUGGUCCAACUUGUUUGGCAGGGCAGGGGGGGAAACGGAUGUUGAUGUCUGAUCCCUUUGAUCUCAAUAUGCAACCCCGGACUGCCAGUCUCCAACCCUUCCCUUCCCUUCCCUUCCCUUCCCUGCAUGCACUGCAAGCACACACAGUCAAACAGCAUCCCCCACAUAAACUGCUUCUUAUACACGGUUAGUUGUCUGUGGGAUACAUGCAAAGUUAAUGCCCCUCGGAUUGUUCAAAUCCACAAAAGCUAAUUCCAUACAGUGUAUUAUUUUGUAAAGCAUAUGCAAGGAAAAUCUCCUAUACAUGCCGACGGUUGGCUCAGCUGUGUAACUUGGUUCUCAGAAGGCAAGAUAUAGUAAGGUGAGCAUUCUGCAUUAUGCAUUGUAAUCUCAAUGGAGACACAAGUCUUCACAUGGGUCUCCACUGCCCUCUAGAUGAGAGGAGCAGAAAUUGUCAGCCUGCUGGAAAUGAUGAAGAAGCUUCACAUGCAUUUACAGUUUGCCACAUAGUCAGAGAAGAUGCUAUUUUGGACACAAACAUGAAACUCAGACUCUUGGUGCUUUUUUUUAUUCCAACAGACACCUCUGAAUUCAUCAAAGAGAGCACUGCAGGCUUGAUAUGGCGCAACGUAGUGUACAACUUUAACAGAGCAGCCAGUGUACGUGCCAGCCACUUUGCCAGAGCACUGGGCUGAAACAUGUAAGCGCACAGAAACAAUGGGAUGUUCACAUCUAAAUGGAUAUUAGGGUUUUUUCCACUGCCUACAGAUGGCUGCUGAUGACCUUGCUGGGAGAGUUGAGCAAAGCAAUAUUAAUCAUAGCAAUGCCUCCUCCACUCCCAGAGUCACUGGGCAGGCGUGCAUGCAGCUUUAACAGCCAGUGGGAGGUGGGAGGUGGUGGUGAUAGUGGUGGUGGUGGAGCAGCAAAGAAAAUGACUCCAUAUGCUUCCACUAUGCAGCAUUCUCUGUCAUCUGUGUCUGAGCAUAAAAAAUGUGCAGUGCAAAUAUCACAGCUUGGGGGGGGCAGCAAAGGCAGCCCUGCGACAAGACUCAUGUGAAGGGGCAGAGAUGUGUGGCGAGCAGGGUGCAGGGUGGAUGACCAUGCAGCCCUGAAGGAGAUAGUUACAUAACAAAUGCUGCAGCCAGUGUGUGUGUGUGUGUGUGUGUGUGUGUGUGUGUGUGGGGGGGGGGGGGCAUCUCAUCACUUGUUAUUCUGUAAGAGGCUUAAAUAAAUAAAAUAAUAUUUUGCCAGUGGCUGCCUUUCCUUUCUUGGUGUCUGUGUAUUUAAAAGUAUACAUGUAUGUGUAGCCAUUUCUCUUUUGGUUACCUGAAUGCAUCAUUUAAAUAAAGAACUGAAAUUAUUAUUA